AGCUGCGGUGCAGGCUGGAGCAGGGGAGGGCGGCAGCAAGGAGGCCGCGCUGCCGCUGCCCUGGCAGGCGGCCGCCGCUGCCGCAGGGCUCCUCUGCCCUGGCCCUGACUGCCUUCUGCUGCGCUGCACUCUGAGCUGCCGGGAAGAUGCUGGAAUCUCCUGAAAAUGACACAGAUUAGCCCCCAAACAAACAUAAAUGGGCGGUAAGAGGAGCACAACUGAUCAGAGAAGACACGAUGGGUAUCCAUUUUCUUCUGCUAGUUCUAGGGAUUUGCGGGGCCCAGUACAACCCCAACACUCAGCCCGGGAGGACAGCUAUUGUGCAUCUCUUUGAAUGGCGCUGGGCCGAUAUUGCUCUCGAGUGCGAACGCUAUUUAGCUCCUAAUGGAUUUGGAGGAGUUCAGAUUUCUCCUCCAAAUGAAAAUAUUAUCAUUACUGAUCCUUGGCAACCAUGGUGGGAAAGAUACCAGCCAGUCAGCUACAAGCUCUGCACACGAUCUGGAAAUGAAACAGAAUUUAGAGACAUGGUGACCAGAUGUAACAAUGUUGGAGUACAUAUUUAUGUGGAUGCAGUAAUCAACCAUAUGUGUGGAGCUACUGCUGGUGCUGGCAACCAUGCUACUUGUGGAAGCUAUUUCAAUGCAAACACUGAAGAUUUUCCAGCUGUGCCAUACUCUGGCUGGGACUUUAAUGAUGGUAAAUGUAAAUCUAGAAGUGGAGACAUUGAAAAUUAUCAUGACGUAUCUCAGGUCCGUGACUGCCGCUUGGUUAGCCUUCUUGAUCUGGCCCUGGAGAAGGACUACGUGCAGUCAAAAAUUGCAGAAUACAUGAACUACCUCAUUGAUAUUGGGGUAGCAGGCUUCCGGAUUGAUGCUGCCAAGCAUAUGUGGCCUGAGGAUUUGAAGGCAACUUUAGACAAGCUGCACAAUCUAAAUACUAAGUGGUUUUCUCCAGGAUCUAAACCUUUCAUUUACCAGGAGGUAAUUGACUUGGGUGGAGAGCCGAUCACAGGCAGCCAGUACUUUGGAAACGGCCGAGUGACGGAAUUCAAAUACGGUGCAAAACUGGGGACCGUGAUCCGCAAGUGGAAUGGCGAAAAGAUGGCCUACUUAAAGAACUGGGGAGAAGGCUGGGGCUUUGUGCCUUCCGACAGAGCCCUGGUCUUUGUGGACAACCACGAUAACCAGCGGGGGCACGGGGCUGGUGGAGCGUCGAUUCUAACCUUCUGGGAUGCCAGGCUUUACAAAAUGGCAGUUGGUUUCAUGCUGGCUCAUCCAUAUGGAUUCACGCGGGUGAUGUCAAGCUUUCGUUGGCCAAGAUAUUUUGAAAAUGGAAAUGAUAUUAAUGAUUGGGUGGGUCCACCUAGCCACCCAGAUGGAUCAAUCAAAAAUGUUACCAUUAAUUCAGACAACACUUGUGGAAAUGGUUGGAUCUGUGAGCAUCGCUGGCGUCAAAUCCGGAACAUGGUUAUCUUCCGUAACGUGGUGGAUGGUGAGGCUUUCUCAAACUGGUGGGACAACAAGAGCAAUCAAGUGGCUUUUGGACGUGGUAAUAAAGGAUUCAUCGUCUUUAAUAAUGAUGACUGGGAAUUGAAUCAGAGUUUGCAAACCGGGCUGCCCGCUGGUACCUACUGCGAUGUUAUUUCUGGAGACAAGGAGGGCAGCGGAUGUACUGGAAAACAGGUGUACGUUUCCAGUGAUGGCAAGGCCUAUUUCCAGAUUAGUAACAGCGAUGAAGACCCAUUUGUUGCAAUUCACGUUGAUGCUAAAUUGUAACUCAAGUGAAAGGUGUUUCUGCUCUUGGUCUGCAUGUGUGCAAUCGCCUUGUAUUCACGAAUGAGUGAUUCUCCAGAUCUAGCAAAUAAUAAAUGGGCUUUAAAUGAAA